UGAUAAUUUAUGCAAUAUAAAUACCCGUUACUCCACUCUCACACUUGUUAGUUCCUUCUCAUCUACUACCCCUUAAAAUGCCCAAUACUUCCCUUUACCGCCGGCCGGUAGGUCCGGUACCGGCAACCUUUUAUUUUCUCGUAAGUUUCUUCUUCUUUUUAUUUACUUCACCUGUAAAUGGAUGGCGUCCAUGGCCCAACCAAAAACCAAACACCACCGAGUUACUCUAUGGUGGGUCAAAAAAAUACGAAGGGUCAUCAGAGUUCAUCCAUUUGAAAUAUCACAUGGGCCCUGUUCUUACCGCAAAUAUCACUGUCUAUCCCAUCUGGUACGGCCGUUGGGCCAAAGCCCAAAAGCGUAUUAUCCGCGAUUUCAUCGGUUCAUUCUCAGCCGUUGAUUCUAAACCGCCUUCGGUUUCCGGUUGGUGGAAAACGGUCCAACUUUACACUGAUCAAACCGGAGCCAACAUUUCCCGUAAUGUCCACUUAGGUAACGAAAAAAACGACAGGUUUUACUCACACGGUAAAUCGUUAACACGUUUAACCGUACAGUCCGUUAUAAAAUCCGCUGUUACAGCACGUACUCGACCACUACCGUUAAAUCCGAAAAGUGGGGUCUACUUAUUACUCACUUCUGAUGACGUGUACGUUCAAGAUUUUUGCCAAAAUGUAUGCGGGUUUCAUUACUUCACUUUUCCGUCUAUUGUUGGGUAUACUUUGCCUUACGCUUGGGUGGGUAAUUCCGCUAAGUUAUGUCCGGGUAUUUGUGCAUACCCGUUUUCAGUACCGAAUUAUAUGCCGGGUUUUAAACCCGUUAAGUCACCUAACAAUGAUGUGGGUGUUGAUGGGAUGAUAAGUGUGAUAGCUCAUGAGAUAGCGGAGUUAUCGACUAACCCGUUAGUGAAUGCUUGGUAUGCGGGUCAGGACCCGAGUUUUCCUGUGGAAAUAGCGGAUCUUUGUGAAGGGAUAUAUGGUACUGGUGGUGGCGGGUCAUAUACUGGGCAAAUGUUGAAUGGUAAAGAUGGUGCUACUUUUAAUAUGAAUGGGUUGAGAAGAAGAUUUUUGGUUCAAUGGGUUUGGAAUCAUAUUUUGAAUUAUUGCAGUGGCCCUAAUGCACUUGAUCAGUAAAUGUUUUGUUUACAAACGUAAAAUCAGUGUAUGGGCUUUUCUUAAGCAUUUUGGUUUGUUGAUUUGUUUCUUAAUUUCCUCCUCUUUUUUUUUUGGCCACUUUAUUGUUAAAAUUUGGGUUAAUCUCAGCUUGUUGAUGCAUAUUAGUUAAGUUAAUUAUGUUCUGUUCAAUAUAUAUAGUGUAAUAAAAGUAGUUAAUUUUGUAUACAAA